CAGCUGAAAACAUGCAGUCGUUAGUUCUCUCCUCGAGUGACCUGUAGCAAGAACGUUUAGCACGCGCUCCCUUCGACGGUUUUUCCCUGUAACACGUAGAGCCCUGUUUCCUGUUGCGUGCAACGCGAAGACGAGAAUCCUGUCCCCCGUUUCGAAACACUCCCGGGAAAACGUGCGAGACGAUGACAAUGAUUCCGAUUGCUCCCAUCCAGCUACGCGUGUUUGAUUCGCCAGGGAUGACCGAUUCGAAGUACUUCACCACCACCAAGAAGGGUGAGAUUUUCGAGCUCAAAUCCGAGCUAAACAAUGACAAGAAAGAGAAGAAAAAGGAAGCGGUCAAGAAGGUCAUCGCCAGCAUGACGGUGGGCAAAGACGUGUCCGCACUGUUUCCCGACGUGGUGAAUUGCAUGCAGACGGACAAUCUGGAGCUCAAGAAGCUGGUAUAUCUGUAUCUGAUGAACUAUGCCAAAUCACAACCCGACAUGGCAAUAAUGGCCGUCAAUACGUUCGUUAAGGAUUUGCCACAUUCUCAACUCGUCAAGGAUUGUGAGGACACGAACCCAUUGAUCCGGGCGCUGGCCGUUCGUACGAUGGGCUGCAUCCGGGUGGACAAGAUCACCGAGUAUCUGUGCGAACCGCUGCGCAAGUGCCUCAAGGACGAGGAUCCGUACGUGCGCAAGACGGCCGCCGUCUGUGUGGCCAAGCUGUACGAUAUCUCGAGCUCGAUGAACGUUUCCCCAUUCCAGGUGGAAGAUCAGGGAUUCUUGGAUCAGCUGAAGGAUCUUCUGUCGGACUCCAAUCCCAUGGUUGUGGCAAAUGCCGUCGCCGCGCUCAGCGAAAUCAAUGAAACCUCUGCCAGCGGGCAACCGCUGGUCGAGAUGAACUCCGCCACUAUCAAUAAACUGCUCACGGCGUUGAACGAAUGUACCGAGUGGGGUCAGGUCUUUAUUUUGGAUUCUCUGGCAAACUAUACGCCGAAGGAUGAGCGUGAGGCACAAUCCAUUUGCGAACGUAUCACGCCUCGUUUGGCCCAUGCCAAUGCUGCUGUUGUGCUCAGUGCGAUAAAGGUUCUCAUGAAGCUGCUCGAGAUUCUGGCUGCUGACAGCGAUUUUUGCGCAAUGUUGACGAAAAAAUUGGCACCCCCGUUGGUGACGUUGCUCAGUUCCGAACCGGAGGUACAAUAUGUAGCCCUCAGAAACAUUAAUUUGAUUGUCCAAAAGCGUCCGGAUAUUUUGAAGCACGAGAUGAAGGUUUUCUUUGUGAAGUACAACGACCCGAUCUAUGUAAAGCUGGAGAAGUUGGAUAUUAUGAUCCGGUUGGCUAAUCAAAGCAACAUCGCGCAAGUGCUGAGCGAACUGAAAGAAUAUGCCACGGAAGUUGACGUGGAUUUUGUCCGCAAGGCGGUUCGAGCUAUCGGACGAUGUGCCAUCAAGGUGGAACCAUCGGCGGAACGGUGCGUUUCCACAUUGUUGGAUUUGAUCCAAACCAAGGUGAACUACGUCGUCCAGGAGGCGAUUGUCGUCAUCAAGGAUAUAUUCCGUAAGUACCCGAACAAGUACGAAAGCAUCAUCAGUACAUUGUGUGAAAAUUUGGACACAUUGGAUGAGCCAGAAGCGAGAGCAUCGAUGGUGUGGAUUAUCGGAGAGUACGCGGAGCGUAUUGAUAAUGCGGAUGAGCUGUUGGAUAGUUUUCUGGAAGGAUUCCAAGAUGAGAACGCACAGGUACAGUUACAAUUGCUGACCGCAGUGGUCAAGUUGUUCUUGAAGCGCCCAGCCGAUACUCAGGAAUUGGUUCAACAUGUCCUGUCGCUAGCCACCCAGGAUUCGGAUAACCCAGAUCUACGCGAUCGUGGAUUCAUCUAUUGGCGAUUGUUAUCCACCGAUCCUGCCGCCGCCAAGGAGGUAGUCCUCGCCGAUAAACCGCUCAUUUCUGAAGAAACCGAUCUGCUGGAACCAACUCUUCUGGAUGAGUUAAUCUGUCACAUCAGCUCACUGGCCAGUGUUUACCACAAACCUCCCACAGCCUUCGUGGAAGGUCGUAGCGCUGGAGUGCGCAAGAGUUUGCCAAACCGUUCCGCUUCAGCCGCUGGCGAAGAGGCGGUUCAGGAAGCAACCGUUAUUCCGAACCAGGAAUCUCUCAUUGGAGAUCUUCUGUCGAUGGACAUUGGAGCUCCAGCUGCGCCUGCUGCACCGGCUGCGAACACAAGCAAUGUAGAUCUACUCGGUGGAGGUCUCGAUAUUCUGCUUGGCACUAAUCCAACGCCGGAAACAACCAAUAACACUGCAGCAACAGCUGCUACUACUUCGGGUGCAGGAGGUCUUCUAGGCGAUAUCUUUGGUAUUGGGCCAGCGGUUGCCACCAAUAUGAUCCAAAUUCCAAAAAUUGUUUGGCUGCCCGCCGACAAGGGCAAGGGUCUGGAAAUUCAAGGAAGUUUCUCUCGUCGUUCUGGCCAGAUUUACAUGGAUAUGACUUUCACCAACAAAGCCAUGCAGGCGAUGACAGGGUUCGCGAUUCAACUAAACAAGAACAGCUUCGGUCUGGUACCUUCAGCUCCACUGCAAGUUGCUCCGCUACAACCGUCCCAAACCGCCGAAACAUCACUCCCUAUUGGAACCACCGGUCCUGUCCAGCGAAUGGAACCUCUCAACAAUCUCCAGGUCGCUAUCAAAAACAACGUUGACAUCUUUUACUUCGCCUGCCUAAUUCAUGGUAAUGCACUUUUCAUCGAGGAAGGCCAGCUGGACAAGCGUGUCUUCCUGACCACCUGGAAGGAAAUUCCCGCCGCCAACGAGAUCCAAUAUAACCUGCACGGAAUCGUUGGAACAGCCGAUACCGUCGCGGCAAAAAUGACCGCCAAUAAUGUAUUUACCAUUGCCAAGCGCAACGUCGAGGGCCAGGACAUGCUGUACCAGUCGCUCAAGCUCACCAACAACAUCUGGGUGCUGCUAGAGUUGAAACUUUCCCCCGGAAGCCCGGAUGCAACGCUCAGCCUGAAAACUCGCUCGGUCGAGGUAGCACCGAUUAUAUUCGCCGCAUACGAGCUUAUCAUUCGUGCACCCUAAGCGCUGCGUUGUUUGUCCCCUUGUUAGUGUUUUUAUAUGUUUGUCCUUCGCACAGAUGGACUAUUAUUGAUGAAGAUGACGGUAGAGUGGUAAGCGUAAUCGUGAAAGCAAAGCUUUGCUACAAGGGAAGGCAAUCUCUUAUUAAGACUUCACACAUUGUUUAGCGUUUUCAUUCCCCCACACUAGCUGCGAGAGGUUAUUUCGUAUUUCGUUGAGGGGUAGAAUUAUCACCGCGGUGGUUAUUGUCCUACUACGCUAUUUGGUAGAAAAUUAUGUUCGGGAAUGACAUUGACUAAAUCAUGCAUAAACAUUAUUAGACUAUAUUACUAAAUAUUACCUAAAAUGGAUAUAAAUAUUACUGAUGAAAUUUAUUAGCGAUUA